UACUUUAUGCAGUUCUUUCAAAUCACCAAGAGAUGGCGACACAUGCCAAGCAUUACAUUUACUAUGCUGUUACUGGCCUUCAUUAAUGAUUGUGUAAAAGUAUUUCCACACAAAUGGGUUUUCAUUACAUUUGAUUUAAUUUGAGUCCUUGGUGGAAAACCCAGGCAUGUUGUUUACUCAAUGUGAUGUAGUGUCCUCCUCUCUCUGCAGGGGCCAGAGGGUACUGUCUUUCCUUCUUUUCUUGCUCUACUUCACUGUUUUGUUCCCCACUGUCUCUCCUGCCAGGCAUACCAGCCUGGAAGAAGGACUUUGGAGAGUGUGGGAGCAGUGGUGGGCGGGGGGAGUUGUGGCAAUGGCAGUGAAGGCUGCUGCUCAGCUAUGACAUCAUCCUCUCUUUCUCCCGGGGAGAUCGUGAGAUCAUGGCUGUCAUGAGGCAUUUAUGGUGUCUUAACUGGCCCAGAUAACAAAAUCACCCACUGGAUCGCUGAAAUUCAAUUAGCUUCUUAACAACUCUGUGGUCCGGACAAAAAAGGACAUCUGUGGACGUAUGAAGCCCACUUCCCCAAAUAACAAUGUGCUAUCUUUUGAACAGAAAGGAUAUUUUCUAUUAUGUAGAUUGUGUUUAUUUGCAGAUUUUGCUUCACCAUGCUUUUCCUGAAAGGUAUGGCAGGCAGGCACCGCACAUCUAUUUGCUUGCUCAAAAGGUGUUUGUCAGAUUGGUAACAGUUUGUGGGUGUAAGUGUUAAUUAUUGUGCAGAGGAAAUUCUUUUUUCUCUCCUACCAAUUUACCAAACUCAUUUACAUAAUUUUGAAUGGCAUAGCCUAAUUUGCUAUUAAGGCAGGCAAAUCAGCAAGAGAGUGCUGGGAUGAGGACAAAUUGAGAGGGGUGGAGGAAACAUUGCAAUUAUACAAAACUUGUAUUCUCUUUUCAUGCGUUUGGAAUCGUUUUGUUGUUUAAUGAGAACAAGCAUUUCAAUGAUUUGGUCAAGUAUCUGAAUGCCUGAGUAUUUUAAACCUGAUUUUCAUUUAAUUUGUAGGGCUACUACAUAUAAUUUUUUAGAUGCAGCCUACUUAAUUUUCCAUAAGCAAUUACUGUUAUGUUAUGGGACUGGUCUAUGCAGAAUUAUUAAAUGAAAAAUCGUCUGACUGUAAAAGAGAAUCCAUUGUGAAUCAUGGAAUUGAACCCCUCCCCUUUAAUUGCGUGGUUUCUCCCUGAUUUCUAUAGGUUUCCUUCGUAGUUGCUCUCACUUGCGAUCAGUCGUUUCCCAGCGGAACUUUGCUGUUAUUCUCCACCCUCGCACGCAUGCUGUCACACUGGAGCGGAAUGAUUGUUCUUUCCAUAUUUACGUUCAUGGACAAAAGCUAUUGUUAACAUAGGACUACUUUCUACGUUCAAAAUGAAGAAAAGUGGAAUAAAACGCUCGCAUACUGAGUGGUAGGACUGAAGAAACCUGUCUUUCAACCCAUCAAGUGCCUGAGGGAGCAGAGGUCAAAUGGCAAAGUGGCUCAAAGACUAUUUGAGUUUUGGGAGCAGGAGGAUGCCUCCUCAGCCACCGAAACCAGACUACACAGAGAGUGAGAUACUGAAAGCCUAUCGGGCUCAGAAGAAACUAGACUUUGAGGACCCAUACGAGGACUCUGAGAACCGGGCCAGAAACGAGUCUGGGUCCUCAGACUCCUCCUACCCUGCCUUUGGUUCUCCUCUGAAGUCCGCCAGCCUGGAUAUGAAGGUUGCAUCUCCCAAACAUCGCCUCAUCAAGAUGGACUCUCAGGACCUGGGGCGAACUAAGAUCUUACUGAGUGCCGUCUCCCUAGAAGAUCAAGAGCCUGUGGUUCCGUCAGCCCCAGCAGUAAGAGAUGCAGAUUAUUCUGAUCCGUUUGAUGCUCACACAAACCCCCGGCCAGAGUCUGAUCUGGGACCUGUGCACUGCGAGAACAACGGCUACAUGGAGCCUUACGAGGCCCAACGCGUCAUCACAGGCAAAUGUUUUGUGUUCUCUCUAACAGAGUUGCAGCACGGCCCCGGAGUGGGUCGGACACAAGGCGAGGUGCAGCUCUACGACACCCCCUAUGAGAAUGAGCGGGGGCGGGGGCGGCCGCUAGGGGUGGGGCUGGGGUACAGCAACCCCCUGGAGGAAGGCAGGGAGAGCCGGUUGCCGCAGGAUGACGAGCGGCCAGCAGACGAGUACGACCAGCCAUGGGAGUGGAAAAAAGAGAACAUCUCUAAAGCCUUCGCAGUGCAGUUUGAUGGUGCUGAGUGGGAACGGUCCUCGUCCCCAACCGAGCGCCUGCGUCUACCCAGGUCCAGUCCCCUGGCAGGAGGGAGCAUGAAGUUCCGGAUGCCCUGCUCUGACCCUCACAACAUGAUGGGGGAGAGAGUAGACCCCAACCUGCCCCUGGAGAAACAAGUGUGGUACCACGGGGCACUGUCGCGGUCAGAGGCAGAGUCUCUGUUGACCCUGUGUAAGGAGUGUAGCUACCUGGUGAGGAACAGCCAGACCAGCCUCAGCGACUACUCUCUCUCACUACGGAGCUGCCAAGGCUUCAUGCACAUAAAGUUCAGCCAGUGUAAGGAUGGGAAGUACGUCCUGGGGCAGAACAGCCUGCCAUUCAACACCAUCCCAGAGGUCAUCCACUUCUACACCACACACAAGCUACCAAUCAGAGGAGCCGAACACCUGUCUCUGCUCUUCCCUGUGCUCGUACAGACCCUCUGAUUUGCUGGGACAAUGGUCCUGGAAUCCUAGGUCACAUUGUGAUUGGACAUUGACUUUAGAUUGACUCGAAUAUUAAAGGAAUUUACACAAUCAGGCCAUCUGUGCUCUCGUUGAACUAGACUAUUUUGUUGAGGAUUCAGCAUCCGCUGGCUUGUCAGUACCUUCAUAGACCUUCUCGUUUCUGUUGUGCCAAAUCUCUGUGAUCUGGGAACAGAUUCAUAUGAAACGCAAUACCUGGACUGUACCAACACCUUCUCUCUGUAGCCUACCUGGGAUGCUAUCUGGACUGACUGUUGCAGAAUGAGCGUCUCACUGAGCUAGUGCUGCUGCCUGUACUGCUCCACUGGUUGACAGUCUGAGGGGAAAUGUGGUUCUACUCACACAAACCUUUGUUGAUUUGAUUCUCUCUGUACUGUUAAGUAAACCUAUUUGUCAAUGCUUUAUGUUGACGAACUGGUGUCAACCCGCGUCACUUACUGUAUGGCUGUUGUAGCAGCAGCUGUGUCUGAUUGUACUACUGUUGCCGUGUGGUUGUCAUAUGAUCUGUUUGUCUGGACACUGUCACUGACUGGUUGCAGUGCUCUGUAGUUAACCAGAACAAUUUUCAAUGGUGAGACAAAGGUUUAAACCGCCAUAUAAAUGGCCAUAUCAGUGGUAAUGGGUGUUAUGGUUUAAUGAUUAUUCUUAUUAUCUGGGUCGUCAUAAUCAAUGGCAUUGUUGUCGUCUCUGAUUGUAAUUAUGGAUAAGACGUUUUCUCAUUUACCUGCUGUGUUCAACAAUAAACAGUUUCUUAAAGAGC